UGGAAACGAACGUAAACAAAUCCGGUUGACGUUUCGCGAAAAUUGUUAGGCCGCCGCGCGCGCUGCAGAAAAAAUAAAGGAUUCCUUGCUAAAUCCGUUCAGUUUCCCGUCGAAAUCCUUCGUGAAAAGUUCGCAGAUCUAGCCGUCCGCGACCAUGUUCAAAAACACCUUCCAGUCGGGGUUCCUGUCGGUGCUUUACUCGAUCGGUUCCAAGCCGCUCCAGAUUUGGGACAAAAAAGUGCGCAAUGGGCACAUCAAACGGAUUACGGACCAGGACAUCCAGUCACUGGUGUUGGAGAUCAUCGGAACCAACGUGAGCACUACGUACAUCACCUGUCCGGCCGAUCCGAAGAAGACGCUCGGCAUCAAGCUGCCGUUCCUGGUGAUGAUCAUCAAAAAUCUGAAGAAAUACUUCACCUUCGAAGUGCAGGUCCUGGACGAUAAGAACGUGCGUCGGCGGUUCCGAGCCAGCAACUACCAGUCGACGACACGGGUCAAACCGUUCAUCUGCACGAUGCCGAUGCGGCUAGACGAGGGCUGGAACCAGAUCCAGUUCAACUUGUCCGAUUUUACCCGCCGUGCGUACGGGACCAACUACGUCGAAACGCUCCGUGUGCAGAUCCAUGCCAACUGCCGGAUACGGCGGGUUUACUUCUCCGACCGGCUGUACUCCGAGGACGAGCUGCCAGCCGAGUUCAAGCUGUUCCUGCCAAUUCAAAAGCCCCAGUCCAAAGCGAUCGCCCAGCAAGCCUGCUAGAGAGUUCAGCGCGCAGAACACGUGCCGUCGAGAAGACAAGACUUUCCUUUUCUACCAAAAUCAUUCACCCAAACUCACACCAUUUUACACCAAACUCGCACCCCAAAAACAAACAAAACUGUAGAUUGUCAUUGUGCACCCUCAAAACAAAAAAAAAUCUUAUUUCGCACUUUGCUUGCCACUGAACUACUUUCGAGUCCCGAAAAACGAAAGCGAUACAAGGCCAUAUCGAGGGUAGAUAGUAAAGUGUCCUUAUCACCUAGAAAAAAAAAAAGAAAACGCAAACAAACCAAGCCAUUGGAGAGUGAGAGCGCAGUCAACCCCCGACAAAACAACCGGGACCGGGUAGCGGGUUCCGUCCAAACAUGACGCAGCAAAUCGACGAAAUGAACCGUUCCUCACAACCCGAAAAUAAAUUGAAAAAAAAUGGAAAACAGGCACACCACCCCGGUUUCGAUUGAGCUGCUCAAUCGUGCGAUUGCUGGCUGGAAAAAGUGCAUGCAGACAGAGAGACCAAGCUAACAGGUUACUCCAGAAGUCGUGCGAUUUUGAUAGACGUGUCGCAGGUAGUAAUAGCGAAAACACCCACAAAUCGAUGAAUGUGUUUUGUAAUUUGAUUGACUAAUAAAAACUUAUGGUGUAAAUAAAUGAUUCAAUUGAGAUAGUAA